AUGGAGAGCUGCCGGGCGCUGGCGUUGUGCGCCGUGGCGGCCGCGCUGCUGCUGAGCGCCCGCGGGCACGGAUCGACCCCGCCGCGCCGCGCCCGCGACCUGGGACCGCCCGGCGGCGGCGGCGCCUCCCGGGAGAAGGAGCUGAUCGAGGCGCUGCAGGAGGUGCUGGAGAAGCUCAAGAGCAAGAGGGGACCGCACUACGAGAAGAAGUUCGGGCAGGUGCCCAUGUGCUACGCCGGGGAGCAGUGCGUCGUGAGAAAGGGGGCUCGCAUCGGGAAGCUCUGCGACUGCCCCCGGGGGACGUCGUGCAAUUCCUUCCUCCUCAAGUGCCUGUAAGCAG